AUGACUUUGUUGUAUGCUGCGUGUUUUUUCCUAUGUAAAAUGUUUGCCUUCGAUGCUGUCAGCUCGACAAACGUCUUGUUCUCUUUUAUAUUCAUUUUGUUAAUUUCGCAGAACUGCCGGGGCAAUCUCCCGAACUUUCUGGAUGAUGUAGAAACGGAAAUUAACAGUUUGGCAACGAAAACGCUGCGACUGUACAGGGGUCUGUGCAGCGUGUCGUCAACGGACUGCUCUUCCGCGUUUGACAAGAAUAGCUUUGCUUGCAGCACCAAUGAAAUCAAAGGGGCUGGAUCAUAUUGCUCGUCUAAUCAGGGUUCAGCUUACUACACGUCUGAACCUGGAUGUACUCAAUGUGAAAAUAGGCGUUUGAAUCGAGACCGCUCUUUAGUUCGGACUGCCAGCAGCAACUGUACUUGCCAAGAUAUUGUAAAUGCUGACGUAUGCUGGACAAAAGGUAUUGACGACGACUUAAAAACCACAAACCUUCCCGGGUUGCUGUGGCAACAGAUUGCUACAACACAUGGAUUUACUAGGCUGUAUCCAGGGUCAGCCCAGGAGGAGUGCCACAGCUACGACCCGCGGCUGCGCUCGUGGUUCGUCGCGGCCUCAGCCGGGCCAAAGGACGUGGUGAUUCUGAUCGACUCUAGUGCAUCGAUGAGUCUAGUACCCAGAAACAGGCAAGGGAGCAACUUGUCCCUCAUGCAGCUGGCCAAACGGGCCGUGGCCCAUGUGCUCCGAACACUUACAUUUGUCGAUUACAUAGCCGUGGCGAAGUUUUCAACUGAAUCAGAACAGGUUACCGUGAAUGAGGUGUACACGCUGAUCCAAGCGACACGGGAUAACGUCGGUGCUCUCAUUGAAGAAGUGAAUAAUAUUCAGCCGGAGGGCCACACCAACUUUGAGCAAGCUUUCCGGCUGGCUUUCCGCAUCUUUGAAAGGUCAGCCAGCGUUGGUCGCACCACAGGCUGCAACAAAGCCGUCUUGUUCAUGACGGACGGGUCCCCGACCCGUGGGGAAGACGACCCUGCAAAACUCGCAGAGAUUGUGGACGACCUGAACACGAGGUCAGACGGAACUAAGAUCGCCAGCAUCUUUACGUACUCUAUCAGCGAGGUGGCAGAGAAAGAAAUCUCCAAGCACAUCGCCUGCAGUGCCAACGGCGUGUGGUCAGAGGUGGAGACGGGCACGGCAGCGAGUCUUCAAGAGCAGCUCAGCCAGUACUACGAGUACUUUAGCACUUUACACAAGGGUCCCAGCGGCAUCAUCUGGACCGAGCCCUACCUGGACUCCUUCGGGGCAGACAUGGUCAUCACAGCUGCCAAGGCUGUGUACGACAGCUCCAACACAAGCCAGAGCAAGCUGGUGGCCGUGGUAGCCAUUGACAUAUCCUAUGCAUAUAUCCAGGAGUUGGACGACAGCAAAUCAAAUGUAAUGGCAGAGCUGCAGAGACGACAAGAGUUCUGCCCAAACAUCGCUGUGUACUCAGAGUGCGAACUGGAAGUCCUGAGACAGAAGGUGUACACCGAGGGGUCUGUCAGUUACGAGAGUCGUCCUGACAAGAUCUGUGGCAUUGAAAACACCUGCCCACUACCAGCUGACACCGCCUGUCCAAAUAGAACAUUUCAGUACGACCAAUGCACACAGCACAGCCAGGCCACUCAAGAUUACAAGGAAGCUGCUUGCUGUGGGACGUUUCUGCCUUGUCCAUCUUCUGUUCCUACCAAUUCUUUGUCACCUCUCCUCAGUGCCGCCCUGUCACUACUCGGGGUGAUCAUCGUUUGCUGUCUGUUAUGAUAAAGGCGUCCAGGGGUUGUUGCAUUAUAGCUUUUCAAAAUGAAAUAAACCUAAUUGAGUCUUUAACUUGACUACUUACGGAAGGGUUUUAUUAUCAGGUGGCAAUUUUGGGUACAAUCUAAUUGUGUGAAUUCCAGGAUGACUGUCACUGUCAAAUACAACCGAGCCAACCUUGCCUACAAGUACAGUUCUCCUAAGAUUGAAUGUUUAACUGUGCCGUAUGUCAACUGCCUUUCUUAACCGAGAAGUGUUUAAAAAUGACUGGAUCAAAUGUUUUUGGAAGUGGUAGUCCAUUUUUGUUUAAUGUGUUUUGACCCAGACAUACUGAAACACAUGUACACAGAACCAAUCCGGAACCAAGCUAAUCUAUCCAACUUUUAAUUUUGUCAUACUUUGUGUGAAAAAGUAAGAGCACAUUCUUCUCUGAUGAAGAACAGAGUAAACAGUUUGAAAUAUCAAGUUGAAACAGCUGGUUCCUCUGAGAACCAUGUAACUCAAAACAGAGGUUAACCUCCAUGAUGUUACCACAAACCUGCCACACUUUGUCCACAGUGCAAACCAAAACAACUGGUUCCUCUGAGAACCACGUAACUCAAAACAGAGGUUAACCUCUGUGAUGUUACCACAAACCUGCCACACUUUGUUCAUGUCCACAGUGCAAACCAAAACAACUGGUUCCUCUGAGAACCACGUAACUCGAAACAGAGGUUAUCCUCCGUGAUGUUACCACAAACCUGCCACACUUUGUUCAUGUCCACAGUGCAAACCAAAACAACUGGUUCCUCUGAGAACCACGUAACUCGAAACAGAGGUUAUCCUCCGUGAUGUUACCACAAACCUGCCACACUUUGUUCAUGUCCACCGUGCAAACCCACAAGUCUCGUUAAGAACACACUGUAUCAUAAGGAUAGUCUAGAUUUCUUCAGCCUUCAAGCGUUCUGAGCUUGUUUUGGAGUACAUGGACAACAAUAAUUCUCACUUUCCGGAACCCUCCAAUUUAAGCAAAAAACUUGCUCGUACUCUCGGGGUUAGAACUUUCUGUAAAAUGUAAGUUAUCAGGUUUUCCUUCUUGA